AUGAAGUUCCUACUUCUCUCCGCCUUCCUUGCCGCUGGCUAUGCCUGCAAAUUGGAUGGCGUCACCCGGGCAAACGAAGAAACUUGGGUCGCUCGCAAAAUGUUCACAAUGCGAUGCGUGAUUAACAAGGAUUCAUCCUGGAAGACGGAAGUCGUUGGAUGUGCCAGCCCGACCGGAGCAGAAGUGCCGAUCGGUGGCCAGGUCAUUGAGGAGGGAAUUGUCUAUUCCUGCAAUCGGGGAGAGGACGGCCGUAUCAACUACCGUAAAGCCAUGCACCCAACCACCUUCUGCGAAGGACACCAACUUGGUGAUACCUGGAUCCACAAUAAAAACUUCAACCGCAGCUGCUCGGAGCGUGGGCUCUUUGUUGUGAACUGCCUCACAGAUUCCGGAGCUUUCAUCCCCCUCAACGGACAAGUAACUGAGGGACCAGUCCUUUUCAAAUGUACCGAGGAGUCAAACGGAACUGUCCUCCUCCACCGUGGCCGUGCCCUCGAGAAGGUCAACCUCCAAAAGCUUGCUCUGUCCAAGCUGAAGGAGAACAUCCCGCUCGAGCCUCAGAUGCCAUUUGUUGAGCCGACUACUGUGGCUCUCCCCACAUUAUUGCCGGAAGUGACGACCGCCGCUGUUGUUGAGUUGGCAUCUACUGAAGCUGCGACUCAAGUGCCUGUAGAGACGACCACGGCUAUCGAGGUUACGGAGAGCACGACUGCUCUGGAGACAAGCUCGUUUGUCGAGGAGGCGACUACGGUAUCUGUCGAGAGUACAACAGAAACGGAGGUACAACCAGGAGAGGUUCCGACGCUUGCCGCUCCUGCUGAGCCAUUGCCUCCCAUUGCCAUUGACCCGGUGCAGCCACCAACUGUUGGGGUCAGCUUGAAUAAGCCUGAAGGCCCUAAACCCCCUGGCAUCCGACCACCGGCAGUCAUGGCCAGGCCCGAACCCCCCGUCGAAGAAGACAACACUAUCCAGCAGGUUGUUCCCGCAUCUGAUGUGAUCAGCGAAGCUGUAUUCCCCCAGGAAACUGUCGAACCCGUGACGAGCCAGCCAAUUCAUAUCGUCCACCCACCAGCCAUCCGACCACCACCCGGCUUCUCGCACAGCGGAAUGAGCUGUCUUGAUGAGGGAGUCGUGAGGCAACCAGAAGACACCUGGGUGGUGGAAGGAAAGUUCCGGAAGACGUGCACCGAGCAGGGUGCCGUCCGGGUGCUCGAGUGUUUGAUCGAUGAUCAGACCCCGAUGCCGGUGAAUACGGAUCGUAUGGUUGGGCAGAGGCUCCACCGCUGCUGGCGUCAAGGUGAUCAAGUCUUCUAUGAAGCCCGCGAUCUGCCGAAGAGGAGAAGACACUUC